GCCGCCCGCCAGCAGCCGCGCCCGCCUCGCCCCGCGCCCCUGAGCCUUGUUGCUGCCCGCGAAGGCCAUGGAGAAAAGGUUGGAAGUCAAGUUCAGUAUUGGCGCUCUAUUUUUAUCACAAUACUGCCUAGGACAACCUGCAAGGCAGCUGAGAAGUCUGCACCUCUUCUACUUGUGUGCUUGCCUGUGUGCCUGGUGCUCCUCAACAGGUGAUUUUUCAGACGCAAAUUGGAACAGAUCUAAAUGCCAACUAGGGAAGAUCCUAUUUGGUUGCCGUUUGAGAUCGUGGGAAGAUGACCAUUUACGACUCCUGGAAGGAUUUCAUACUGUACAGUCCUGUCAGACUGCUUGCUGCCGGAGCCCUGCCUGUGAUGCCUUUUGGUUCUUGGAAAAUAUGUGCAUCCAGGUGAACUGCACUGUGCCUGGCAUGUGUCAGGCAAACAGGACUGGCUCUUCUGACUCUGUUUUGGUGUUUUUAAAGAAAUCAAAGAGCACAGAGCACUUCUUAAAGUAUCAAAUAGAAGGUGAUGCAAAGACCCGGCUUCACAAGUGGUUGGACUGGGACAUCCCUGUCCGAGGCAAAAAUAACCUGCAGAGAACCUUUCAGAAAUGGAACUUGGCAAGCAGCAGAAUGGAUUUUCUGAAAAGGGAUGUAGCAGCUAGUCCCAGUGGUGAGACUGCAGCUGACCAGCCAGCCAGAGCUCCAGACAGCAAAUCCAGAAGAAAACGAAGUGAAACAGAGUGGAAGAAUCGAAGAGUACUUAGCUCUUCACUGCAGGACAGGCCUAUUCCUGAAGGCCAUCCAAAUCAAGGGAAAGACUCCACUAAAAAUGGACAGACUUCAAGAGAGCAGAAAACCCAAAGCCCAUUCCCUCCGAAAAGCAAUAAUGUGAAUAGAUCAAGUGAAGCAAAUGGCACUGGCUUUCUACAGGUCCACGCAGGAACAUUUGCACCAGAACCAUCAGCACUGGCUACAUUCUCCACCCCUGUAGUUCUGGGCUUAACAGCCAUUGGAAAGACCGAAAAACCUAGGCAGCCAGAUGAUGCAUUUGUCCAUCCUCACUCCUCAGAUAUGUUGCCCACAGUCAGUGCUGCGCAGGGGAAAACCGCAAUGAAGAUGCAGACUGCUACUUCUGUGCCAAGUGGUGUUCCCACAAAUGGCAGUGUUCCCACAAUCCAAACCAACACUGCAGUAUCACCAAGUACUACAGCCCCCACCCCAGUUGUAAAGGAGCUGGUAGUUUCUGCUGGAGACAGUGUCCAAGUGACUCUGCCAAAGAAUGAAGUUCAACUGAAUGCAUUUGUGCUUCCUGAACCGCCACCUCGUACCAGUUACUCCUAUGAAUGGGAACUUAUUACUCAUCCAAAAGACUACAGUGGAGAAAUGGAGGGGAAGCACUCCAAGACCCUUAAGUUAUCUAAGCUUACUGUUGGUCUCUAUGAAUUCAAAGUCGUUGUUGAUGGAGAAAACGCACACGGAGAGGGUUAUGUGAAUGUGACAGUGAAUCCAAAGCCUCGGGUGAAUCAGCCUCCUGUUGCCAUUGUGUCCCCGCAGUUCCAGGAGAUUUCAUUGCCAACCAUCUCGACUGUUAUUGACGGCAGCCAAAGCACUGAUGAUGAUAAAAUCGUCAGUUAUCAUUGGGAAGAGUUGAAAGGUCCUUUGCGAGAGGAAAAAGUUUCUACAGAUACUGCCAUAUUGACGCUGACCAACCUGCUGCCUGGGAAUUACACGUUCAGUCUAACAGUAGUGGACUCAGAUGGUGCCAGCAACUCCACCACCGCAAGCCUGACUGUGAACAAAGCAGUGGAUUAUCCUCCAGUGGCAAAUGCAGGCCCAAACCAAGUGAUCACCCUGCCUCAGAACUCCAUCACCCUAUAUGGGAAUCAGAGCACAGAUGAUCACAGCAUUGUCAGCUAUGAGUGGCUGCUCAGUCCUAACAGCAAGGGAAAAGUGAUGGAGAUGCAGGGUGUGAGGACACCAGUCUUACAGCUCUCUGCAAUGCAAGAAGGUGAUUACACUUACCAGUUAAUAGUAACGGAUUCUGCUGGGCACCAGUCUACUGCAGAGGUCACUGUUAUAGUCCAGCCAGAGAACAAUAAGCCCCCAAAGGCGGAUGCUGGUCCGGAUAAAGAAUUAACUCUUCCUGUGGACAGCACUACUCUAGAUGGCAGCAAGAGCUCAGAUGACCAGAAAAUAGUCUCCUUUCUCUGGGAAAAAACACGGGGCCCAGAUGGUGUCAAGCUGGAGAAUGCCAACAGCAGUGUUGCCACUGUAACAGGCCUUCAGGUUGGAACAUAUGAAUUUACUCUAACAGUUAAAGAUGAGAGGAACUUGCAGAGCCAAAGCUCAGUCAACGUUAUUGUCAAAGAAGAGAUAAACAAGCCACCAGUUGCAAAGAUUGCUGGAAAUGUUGUCAUCACUCUGCCGACAAACACAGCUGAAUUGGAUGGAUCAAAAUCCUCUGAUGAUAAGGGAAUCAUCAGCUACUUGUGGACCCGGGAUGAGGGGAGCCCUGCAGCAGGGGAAGUAUUAAACAAUUCAGACCAUCAUCCUGUCCUCCUGCUUUCCAAUCUGGUGGAAGGGACCUACACGUUCCAUCUCAGAGUAACAGAUGCUAAAGGGGAGAGUGAUGUGGAAAGGACCACAGUGGAAGUAAAACCUGAUCCUAGAAAAAAUAAUCUUGUGGAAAUAAUUCUGGAUGUUAAUGUCAGUCAGCUAACUGAGAGGCAGAAGGGUAUGUUCAUCCGGCAAAUAGGUGUUCUGCUGGGGGUCCUCGACUCGGACAUUACUGUACAAAAGAUCCAGCUGUACACUGAACAAAGCACGAAGAUGGUGUUUUUUGUAAGGAACCAGCCUCCCCAUCAGAUAUUCAAAGGACGUGAGGUAGCGUGGACACUCAAAAAUGAACUCCGGAAACAACAGUCAGAUUUUCUCAUUUUUCGGGCAUUAGAAAUUAACACAGUCACAUGUCAGUUGAACUGCUCUGAGCACGGCCGUUGUGACUCCUUCACCAAGCGUUGCAUCUGUGACCCGUUCUGGAUGGAGAACUUCAUCAAGGUGCAGAUGGGGGAUGGCGAAAGUAACUGUGAAUGGAGUGUGCUGUAUGUGAUCAUUGCAUCUUUCGUCAUUGUGGUUGCCUUUGGAAUCUUAUCCUGGAUGAUGAUCUGCUGUUGUAAGAGACGAAAAGGAAAAUCCAAAAGAAAAAGCAAAUACAAGAUUUUGGAUGCAACAGAUCAAGAAAGCCUGGAGUUGAAACCAAAUCCCAAAGCAGGAGGCAGACAGAAAGCCCAGAUUCUCAACACUAGCCUGAUGCACUCGGAGUCUGAACUGGACAGUGAUGAAGCCAUCUUCACGUGGCCUGACCGGGAAAAGGGGAAACUGCUCCGCAGCCAGAAUGGCUCCUUGCGCAAUGGACAAGUGAUGCUCAAACCCAAGAACCAGAGGGAGGAAAUCCUAUAGCUUCUCCCAGGCAGCCUUUUGCUGGAGCUCUGUGACAGAGAAGGCUGCUCCCAUCCUUAUUCUAUAAGGACCUUUGGAGGUCAGUUUGAUUAGGACUGUGCUGCUAACUUGUUUUGCAGAAAAUAACUUUGUUUUUGUGGAUUUCUUUUCAUUCAGUUAAAACUGGUUGUACUUGAAUUUGAAUGUCAAGGGAAAUCAAAGGGAGGAGAAGGCAACUGUGAACCACAGACUAUUCGUCAGGAAAAAAACAGAGCUGGCAUCUGGAAUGCAGCAGGAUAGAACCACUUGGAGCAACUGUGAAUGUGCAGGACACUCCUAGCCCACCUCAGACUGCAGCAGAGGAAAACACCCAGGGACUUCCAGGUCAUUUGCUAGGGAGCUCCUUGGAGAAAGAAGGUCAAGACUGUUCUUUGAGCUGUGCUCUGAGCUCCUUUCAGGCUCCAGUAGCCUUGCACAGGCUACUCUUGUUGUAGAACAACUCCUUUUACUCCCACCGUUUCUAAUCAUUUAAGCACUAGUUUAAUUUGAACUUGUCCUUUCACAUGCACUGGUUGCUUUUGGAGUGUAGAAGAGGGGGGAUCUAAACUCCCUGGUCACAUUCCAUCAGUUUGCAGUUGGGAGAGGUUUUUGUAGCUGUUCUGAAUUACUGUCAGGCUUUUCUCAUUGGGAGUGUUGAUGACACGGUACCUGUUCAAAUGUGGAAAACUGCCUGUUGUGCUAAUUUGCUGGGCUAGGAGACCACCUCCUUCAGCAAGCUCUCCUGUUGGGUACCAGGACCAAGGAGGGGACACCCCCCCUUUGGUAUCUGCAUCUGAUGGUUGGCUUUAAUUCCAAAGCUGUGAAUGUUCAGUGGCCCCAGCAGUCUUCAUAGGUCCCCAAGCCCUCCAUGAAUCUGGAUAUUAGCAGCUGAAUCUGAGUAUUACCAGCUGUAUCUUGAUUAUGAAAUGCCAGACUUUUUCUUUAAAGAUUGCACAACCCAGGCCCACAGGUGUUGAUAUCUUCAGUUCCCAACAGCUGGCUGUUUUCCUCUGGCUGGUAGCUUAGUGGCCUCAUGUUGUGGCUGAAUAUCCCUGUGUGCUCCUAGCACUGUGUGAGGGGCACACUUAAUGCCCUUCAGACAGUGAAAAGGGAACUGUCAGUACCUGCAGGCAUCACCUGAUGGGUGCCAGCAGCUGGUGGUGAUGUUUCCCCACUGUUUGGACUCUGGGAAAGGCCUUUUUAGGGAUCAGGUGUAUGGUGGGCCUUUCCUAUACCUGCUUCUUUAUCUCACUGUGCUGCUUUCACGAGCUGCACCCCUGUCCUUGGCCAGCAAUCAGCCUCUCACUGGCAUGAAGGAUGUCACUGCCCGUCCAGGGAUGGGAGGGCAGUUUAUUGCCUUUCUUUGUAUUAAUUUAUUAAAACUGGAAACCUGUUUCGUUGGCUUUUGGGGUGUAUGAAAGCCAAAAGGCUUUAACUUCCUUGGUUGUAUUUAUAUUGCUGCACUACUGAUUUGUGUUGAGCUAGAUGAUGAUUAAACACUGUUGAAAGUGAGGGAAUGUUCCCUCACUGAAUGUAGUCAUGGCUGCUGCUAACUUUAUUUUUCUGGGCAAUCAGCUGUCUUCCUCGGGCACCAGCACCAGAGUCCGUGUCGUUCUCAGCAAGUACCACAGCAUUAGUCUUGUGCCCCAUCAACUCCAGCAGGCACACGACUGCCUCUCCCUAGACUGCGGUACAGCGCAGACCAUCCUCCGGCUUGUCCGCCUCGAGUGCGGUUGGUGCUGUGAGCCAGCUUCCCUGGCCAGGGCUGCUCCUUCUGCACCCUUUCUUUCUCACAACGGUUCCUUCCCCCAGGCCCGCCGUGGACCACACACAGGGAGGGAUGGCGUGACACCAGGAUGCUUCAGUUACCAUGCCUUAAAGGGGCACAGGCAAGUGUUUGUCUGAAAACUAUUGUUGCAAGUUGUACUAAUGGCCAGACACUUAACUCUUGAGUGACUUCUUUAACGUGUUUCCCUUCCUUUGGAUGAGAGAUUAACAAGCUCAAAGAAAACGAGAUUUUGAAACUGCAGGAAUUAACCAGAUUUGGUCCUGGGACUGUGCCUGACGUUUAUUUUAUGCUGUUAGAGGAGCAACACUGUACUCUUUAGCUGUUUCUUGUUCGUGGGGCAUAUGCUUUUUUGAGCCUUUUGCUCGUAUCCAUCCUGGGGAAGUCCUCUCUGCAGUAAAUUAGGAUUGUUUGCAGUGGUUGAGCUAUCAGGCAUUCUUUACUGCAGAGAGCAGUACCCUCACAGGAGCCGCAUAGCAUGCUUUUAAGCUAGUCCUGGCUUCCUAUUAUGGAAAAGGGAAGAAUUAAAAUCUGUGCAGCUAUUAUGUGACAACACCUUUGCUUAGAUGAGGUUAUUUUCUUCCUCUUUAUAUUUCACUGUGGGAAACAAACAUUUACAUUGAAGUGCUUCAGUCAGCCGACGGCACCACAGUCGGUCGGCAGAAGCGGUGUUUCCUGCCUCGGGGUGAAAGCUUGAUUUCUGCAGCAGGCUGUGGCAUUCCCUGCGCUCCGUGCUGAGCGGCUCCGUUAGGACAGCUUCCUCGCUCGUUAGUCAUUUGUCAUCCCGUAGUGCAGGUUUGUGACAGAGCAUAGCGCAAGCCUCCCCGCCGGAGGUCUGGUUUCCCAUUAGUAUUCCCUCGCUGUGCAGCUUCUCCGCAUGGAGCUGCCACCCCUCCCCAGAGCCCUCUUCUGCACUUGGCUGUUAACCCGUGGCGCCUCUGCGCCGUCACCUGCGCAAGGCUGCGAAGGGAUGCGCGCAGCAUCCGCACUGUGCACCGAGAGCCGGAGCGUGAGGGAGUGUGAGGCCGAAGGGCAGGAGGAGACCCUCGCAAGGCGGCGGCAGUAACUUCUGGCCCGGCACAGGAACCUCGUAAUACUGGUGGUAGGGGCAAGUCUCUGUUUUAGCGCACCGUUAACGCGGGCCUUCCCCCAAAGCGGGUGCGUGUAGAGCAAACGUGUUAUUUCAAAAUCGUUUACCGUGCUCUCCUCCUCCCCCUUAGCACUGCUAAUAUCACUGCUCAUUUGUUACCCAAGUACCAUGAGCCUAGUUUGACCUUGCACCGGGAAGGUUUCUGCAUUGCUAUGCACUAUGAUUUCACAAUUAGAGACACCGGCUAUAAGUUACCCAUGUGUGGAAGUUAAGAGCCAAGGCAUCUGUUAGACGAACCAUCAGCUUACCUUGACUUUGUUUUCCUCUUUAGUAUAAAUGUACUCCAAACACUUGUUAACGUGUUGAGGGCAAUUGUCAUGAUCUGGUUUUAAAAUAGUUUGCUCUUAAAUCUCUUCUUCACUCUUCUGUAUACCGGGGGGGCUGCCCAGCCUCUCUGAGCUUUGGUUUAACGAUGUUUAUUGGUUGCAGUGUUACUUGAUCAAGAUUAAAAGUAAUUUUUUUAAACAAAAUGUUUCUUGGAAAUAAACAGGGAAGAUGUUUUCUGCUGCUUA